AUGAAUUUUCAAUCUUCAGUUAGGAAAAGAGUUGAUUUUUUUGACAAUUCUGAUGAAAUUAAAAAUGGCAUUGAGGCAAAAAAAGGAAGAUUUGAAAGGAAAACACCUUUACCAAUUCACAAAGAAAAAGUAAAAAUAAUACAAUGGUUAAUGAGUAAACAAGUUACUAUUUUAAUGGGAGAAACAGGAUGUGGUAAAAGUACACAAAUCCCACAAUUUUGUUACGAAGCUGGCUUUGGUGAGAAAGGCUUAAUCGGCAUCACUCAACCACGUCGUGUUGCUGCGAUAUCUUUGGCACAACGCGUGUCCGAUGAAAUGAAUACAUCUUGUGGCGAUGUCGUUGGAUAUAGAGUUCGUUUUGAAAAUUGUACUACAGAGAAGACAAAAAUUGUCUAUUUAACUGAUGGUAUUUUAAUGAGAGAAGGUAUUUAUGAUGGAAUAUUUAGUAAAUAUUCUUGUAUUAUUAUUGAUGAAGUUCAUGAACGUGCAGUCCAUACUGAUAUGUUAUUAUAUAUGUUAAAAUGUUGUCUUCGUAGAAGAGAAACCCCAUUAACAAUAAUAAUUAUGAGUGCUACAUUACAAGCGGGAUUAUUUUCAAAAUAUUUUAAUGAUGCACCAACUUAUCAUAUUCCUGGCAGAACUUUUCCUAUUGAAUGUUUUUUCAUUGAUAAAUGUAAAUACAAAGAAGAUUAUUUUUAUAAUUCUCUUUCAACUGUAUAUAAACUUCAUAGAAAAGAACCAUUAGAUGAGUCAUUUUUAGUAUUUUUAACUGGCCAAGAUGAAAUUGAGGCUGCAUGUAGAUUAUGUAAUGAAGAAAAUAAAAAAAUUGAAUUUCCAAUAGUUCCUAUUCCUCUUUAUGCAUCAUUAUCAAAUUCUGAACAAUUUAAGGCAUUUCAAAAAGUAGGAAAUAAUAGGAGAAAAGUAAUAUUUUCUACUAAUAUUGCUGAGACAUCAAUUACAAUACCUGAUAUAAAAAUUGUAAUUGAAUCUGGAAAAGUUAAACAAAAAAAUUUUAACCCUUAUACAAAAACAGAUAUUUUAAAAAUUAUUAAUACAUCACAGGCACAAAGUUUUCAGCGAGCAGGAAGAGCCGGUAGGAUGGCUCAUGGAAAAGUUUAUAUGAUGUUUACAGAAAAAGUUUUUCAUGAGAAACCUGUUGCUACAGAAGCUGAAAUUUUAAGGAUAAAUUUAUCUGGAAUUUUUCUUGAAAUGUUUAAAAUGGGAAUGUCAGCACCACAUAAAUUAAAGUUAAUUGAAAUGCCAAGUGAAGAUAAAAUUAAUUCAGCAAUUGAAGAAUUAAUUUCAUUAGAUGCAAUUGAAGGUAACAUUGAUGGAAAUUAUAAAAUCACCUCAAUUGGUGAUAACCUUGUAAAAUUUCCGGUUGAUCCUAAAUAUGCUGCAAUUUUGUUACAAUCAGCAAUUCUUGGAUGUUUAGAGGAAUGUCUUACUAUUGUUGCAUGUAUGUCUGUUGAAAAAUUAUUUCUUACUCCACCAGAAAAUGUAAGAGAGCAAGUGGAAAGUCAUAGAAGAGUUUUUGAAACUAAUGAAGGAGACCAUAUAAUGAUGUUACGUAUUUAUCGAGCUUAUGCUCAGGGAAAAAGAUCUAUGCCAAUAGGUGAUUUUAAAGAAUGGACAAAGAAACAUUAUUUUGAUAAACGAAAUAUUGAAGCAGCUGCAAAUAUUAGAAAACAACUUAGUGAUAUUUGUUUGUCAUUAAAAUUGAAACGACAAUCAUGUGGGACAAGUUUUUCACAGGUACGAGAAGCAUUAACUCGUGGAUUAUCAUUACAUACAGCAGUUUUUAAUAGAUCUAUUGACAAAUUUGUAUUAGUAUCUAAUAAAUCUGUCCAUCUUAAAAUACAUCCAUCUUCAUGUCUUCAUCGUCAAAAACCGGAUGCAAUAGUUUUUAGUGAACUCUGUAAAACAUCAGAUAUUUAUGCAAAAGAUGUUUCAUUAAUAGAUCCAGAAUGGAUUAAAUGUUAA